AUGACCUACUAUAAUGCCCUCAUCCGCACACAUCACAUUACCUCCCGCAAAAAGGUCGCCACCCUGAAACGCGCAGCAGACAGUCUAAACUGUUUCGCCCUUCUCCGCUCAGGCGGUUGCCCCGGAAUUAUGUACGUCGAGGCGAAGGACAAAGAUGCCGUUGAGUCGUGGGUCAGCGUCGUGAAAAAUCUGAGAUAUAAAGAUUUCCAACUUGCGAGCCGGCCAGCCUCCGCGAUAGUGGGAGAAGAGGAAGAGAGUCGAGGACCGGCGGGGGUGAAAUCGAAAAGAGGCGAGAGGAAGAAUGAGAGACAUGAGGGGUUGGAGACUGGACUGGAGGAGGUAGAGAGCGUGAAGGAGUUCGGGAACUUAAUGCAUCAGAGAGGCGUUUGGCAGUGGUGGAGGAGGGGAAUGGGCUAUGCCCACUAA